ACAGGAGUGUGGUUUAAUCUAUAUUUCGUUUUCUUCUCGUUGGAUCAAGACUCGAUAUAAAAUGGCGAUCGAGACUUUUUUGAAUAUUUUCUUGUGCUACUCCUCGCUGCAGUGUAACAGAAUUCCAUACUAUUCUCCGAAGCAUUAUGUUGAGAGUUCGUUGGAUGGAAACAGCAUGCAGUAUGUCUUCAAACAAUGCAAUGAUACUGUUAGUUUGCCAAAGGUGUACCUCAAAGAUGUAUGUCGCUGUAUUCCUGAAAAGUAUUAUUCGAAUUUUAUGUUCAUCAAAGAUGGAAUAAGAAAAGGGCGAUUUAAUGGAUUUAAGAUGAAUUGCACGCAGGUUUUCAAUAAUACUGAGGCGACCAUGUCUCCUGGAUCUGUACCCCAAACUGCAGUACCUAGUAAGAUAUCAACAGUUCUUGCACAACUUUUGCAACGAAGAGGGGUCAGCCCGCUCGAAAUAGCCAGGAUACAGGCAACUGGUUUAUCAGAAGCCGAAUUAGAGCAGUUGCAGGCUAGGAGAAAAUUGUCAAUGGCUGAAGUCGCAUUUAUGAGAUCAAGAGGCGUACCUGUACCUCAGAUUAAUUCCUUUCAACUGAGGGGUCUUCUGCCAUCAGAAAUCAGGGCAUUGCGAAAUAACGGCCGUCUGCCCCCAGCUCCGCGUCAUGUACCCGGUAUGCUUACAGGGCCUUUGCAGAGGCCAUUUUCGAGACCUAUAACUCCUGGAAACCUUCCACGGGUUACACCCAUUCGGCCUGUGCCUGGAAUCAUCCCUAAUAGGUUUGGUAGAAGACUUCUUCCUCCGGGGAUUGGUAGACAAUCAAUGCCAGGAAGUCUCCCUGUCGUCACUCCUAUAGGACCCCUUAGAGUGAGGAACGUUCCGCGUGUCAUUCCUUCAGCUGUCAGACCUCUCACCAUAUUCCAAGAACUUCAACUCCUCUCCCGUCAGGCAAACCCAUUAAAGCUUAUCCAACGCGUUCGUUCCCUCAGCAUGGACAAUCUAGAGAGUGUAGCAAAAGAAAUGACCCCGGAGCAGUUUGUCGCUAUGUGGAAGAUUCUAACAGAUGCCCAAAAACAACAUCUUCUACCCAAGCUGACUCCACAGAUGAGAGAACGUGUAACAGCAUCCCAAGCGUCUCCAGAGAGUCUUCAAGUCAAAAAUCUACUUACCCGUCGUCAGCUAAUGCAGCUAACCCCUGAACAGCUUAGACGUCUUGGAGCAGUUCUUGCAGCUAUAGAUGGUGACAAGUCACAAUUACCAGAAGGUCUUUUGCCUACUUCUAAUGGUGAUUCAACCAUCGAAACAGGUAUUCCCGUGAUAAAACCUGGCCCUACUUCAGUUAUUGGAACAAGUACAGGUUCCACUGAUAAUACAGUUUAUAGCAGUGAUGUGGCCACAGCAGCUGAAAUAGGAUCAGCGAUGAACACUGAAGAUACAGGGCUUGGCGGUGAGGAAACAGUUCCGUCCACCGGUACAGGUACGUUGACACCUGUUGACAAAGAUAUUGGGGCGGAGAAGAUGAUCCUUUAUGAUGUUGUUUCUACAGAUGCGGGGGAAUCACAGAAUGAUAAAGACAACAUAGUCGAAGUUGGAAUAUCUCCCAUUGACACAUCUGGAAUUGUCAUUGAUACUGGAAACCAGAACGUACCUGAUCCUCCGGCACCCGAUUUGCAGCUCACUUCCGGUAACCUCGUUAUCGAUAAUACAGUGCUCAAUUCACCUUUCCCACCAAGUACUGGAGGGAGCAUGACGGGAACUUCUGGAUCUGUUUCCACAAACACUGCCACAACUGGGGAAACAGGAAGUGAUUAUGCUCCGGAUACCUCGACCAACACAGGAAAUGAAUAUGUUCCUGACACCUCAACCAACACCGGAAGUGACACAAAUGUUAUAAAUCCCAACUAUAAAAUUAUCAAAGAUUCCGAAUUUUUGCCAGCAGAUUCUUGCCUUGAGUGUCAAAAUGCAGACACAACAGUUGCUUGCUACCGACCGCAUCCCACCAGUUGUAAUAUGUUCAUACAGUGCGUCACGGAUCACGCCAGGACUCUUCGUCCACAGGCAAUGGAAUGUUAUCCGUUCACGUUCUGGGAUCAAAAGUUGCAGAAUUGUGUAGGAAAUAGUGCAGUGUGCACAACACCGGGAGUUUUAGAGACCCUCCCAAAGGAGCCAGUAAUUGAGGCCCCAGUGGAGUAUGACAGCAAUCCACCCGUGACGACUACCACGCCCUCUACCGUGGAUGCCACCGAUCCACCACCGGAUUACGCACCAUUCGAACGAGUACAUGCUACUGUAGAAAUGAGUCUGUACCCUCAGCCUCCCUCCGGAUCUGGACUUAUUCUCCCGGAUGCUGUUCCUUCCAACCUAGGUUUCCCGGAUAUCCAUUCAGGUCUACAAUCAUAAAAGCAACUCUGUAAAGCACAACGCUUCUUAUUCACGUGUACAAAGCUCAUUAUUCACACAUGCUCAUUAAUGAUUAAUGUAAUGUUAGAGUUAUCUCACCAUAGGUAUAAAGUUUUACGUUAAUUCUGCCUUCUAUAUUGUAAUAUUUAACCCUUACGGGCCAGGUAAUAUGCUGAUUUAGUCAUUAUUAAUAUAUAUUGUUUACAUCUGAUUACAUUUCACUGGAAAUUAUCUUAUAAACUAACUUAAACUGAACUGCAAUAAUGUGUGUGCUCUUUGUUUUGCAUAUAUUAAUUAAAUUUUGACUCAAAUUGUA